AUAGAAAAACAACAUGCAGAGUAUAAAAGGGGGGGAGCAGUGGAGGAAGAGAGCUGUUUUUGUUCAAGGAGUUGCAGCGACGCAGAGCUGAGCAGAAAGAAGGACACAUUAAACAAAGGAUUGGGGCACUGAGGAGGCACAGCAGGGAUGUGGGCGUGCCUCAGCCUACUCGUCACUCUCUGCCUGUUCCAUGGGGGCGGAGCAGAGAGUGAUGGGGGUGGGCCUCGCUGUGAGCUGCCGCCAGUCUGGAAGAUAGGGGAGGUGGAGCCAAUGAAGGGGGCCAUGGGCCAGGUGACGGUGGUGGCCCUUUUCCAGGCCAGCUGAUUGUCCUGCUUGGUGCAGGCUUCCAAAAUGGAUGGCCUGCGCCAGAUGCUGGAGAGUCAGGGUCUUAAGGAUGUGGUCUACAUGGUCGUUAACCAACAGGAGGAGCAAGCACAGCGCCUGCACCCCAUGCUGGCACAGAGACUAUCAGGGAACAUCACACUCUACAAACAGGACAAACAACAGCCUGAUGUCUGGCAGACACUGAGUGGCAUGACAGAUGACUUUCUCAUUUAUGACAGGUGUGGCCGUCUCACACACCACAUUUCACUUCCAUACUCCCUCAUCGGACAAGGCCAUAUUGAGGGUGCGAUCAAAGAUACCUACUGCAAGCGCAUAUGUGGUGACUGCACACAUGAGAGCACUGAAACACCAGAGGAGUGCAAAGAGAAAGCUGAUGCACAGCCUGACGCAGACGGCACCCCAGCUGUAGUGGAAGACACCAGACAUGGUCACCAUCAUGGACAUGGGCAUGGUCACCAUCAUGGACAUUCCCAUGGUCAUGGCCACCAUGGUUUUCAGCCCCGUGGCGUUGGCCAUGGCAGUGAUCACAACCAUGGUCGUCACCAUGGAAAUCAUGAUGAUAUUGGCCAAGGUGUUAGACAACAGCAUGAGCAAGAUAGUGGUGUGCCUCAAAGGCAACAUCAUUUAGAUUCAGGCCAGAUGCAGCAAGCAGUGCACAUUCACCACGUGAUACAGGAGGCUCAUAGAGCCCCUGUGAGGCCAUGAGUGGCAGAGAAGGCCAGGUGAAAGUCAAAGCACAGCUGACAGUGGACAGCUGGCUCUGACAAUGAAGCCUCUCCUAAGGCCAGCUGAUGCUGACACUGACGCAGGCUGUUUGGCGAUGCAGUGAGUGAGCAGCCCAUUGGUCUCUGACACUGUGACGAGGCGUUGCCCGCCUCCUGACAGUGACACGGACUGAUAGGCGAUGCAGCCAAUAAUGUCAGGGAGACCUGACAGUGACGCUCGCCUCCUGCUGACUGACAGCAGCCUCAGCCAGCCCAAUGAGUCUGACCCACAGCUGGUAGCUGAGCAUGAGAGCAGCUGUAAGCUGGCUCUGAUAUCAGCCUCAUAUUAAUACCAGCCACAAACACCAGGGGCAAGCACUCUUUUUACCAACAAGUAUUACCCUGGGAGAGGGCACGGUAAUCCCUGACAGCAUAGAUGUGGGAUGGGUGAACAGGUGGAGUCCAACAUCACACUUAAAGACAAAAAAUAAGGCAGAUCAAAACACCAUCCAAAACGUAUAUUGGCAGCUUUUUGUCCAUGUCCUGUUUUACCGGUCUCAGUCUCUCUGUCAGUGGGUUGCUCUCAUCCUUUCUCAGGAGUGCAUGUGCUUGUCAUGUUCAUAAAUUGCCUCUUCCAUUUUGCUCUCACCAACCUUUAUGAAACCAGGCGCAAAAACUAUGCUCUAGUGGCGUCUGUAUGAAGUCAGGCAGGAGAGGGAGGAGAGGGUAGUUUAGGAACAUGAUAAACGCCUAAAACAUUUUAAUGUUCAGUAUCAAAACAUAUUUGAGGGAAUAGAAAAAUCAUAUAUAAUCUGCAAAUACUAAAAAAAUCCACAAAUGAUUAAAUAAGAAUAUGAGAGAAGAUACAGUACAUUGAUUACAGAUUGUGUGAAUUAGGUAUUUACCAGAAAUGUCUGAAGGGCAAAUCUGAAAGCACUGGCUAAUUACUAGGGAAAACAUUUAAUAGCAAGCCUUGAAUCAUUUAUACCAGUGUUUGCCUGUAUGCUGUGUUGUUCUUGAGCACAUGUAACAGUAUGAAUGGCUGUCUUUUUGUUUUGUACCCGUUGGUGUGACUUUUUUCACAAACAUGCACAUUUUCAAUGUUGAGUACUUGGCAUUUUCUAAAUCUGCUAUGUAGGCUGCAAAUUGCUCACAUCUAUACAAGGCUUGCUGUAGAAAAUAAUACAAGGUUCUAAUUGUUUAGAAAGGAAGAGGGAAAAGGAGAGUGAAGCAAUGAAUGACUGUUGGACUACACUCUGUACUUAAUGAUGAUUUCUGCGGGAAGAUGACAGUCACCCUGAAAAUCUGAUGAUUGUACAGAGAAUUGUAUUGUGUUAAGGUUGUCAAACAUGGAGAGUUGAAUAAAGAUGGGAGAGUUAC